GAGGCCCAGCCCAGCCCGGCCCAGCCAUGGCCCCGCCGCCCGCAGCGCUCUGCCUGUUCGACGUGGACGGGACCCUCACGGCCCCGCGCCAGAGAAUCUCCCCGGAGAUGGCGGCGUUCCUGCAGCGGCUGCGGCAGAAGGUCAAGGUUGGCGUGGUGGGAGGCUCCGACUUCGCCAAGAUCCGCGAGCAGCUGGGCGAGGACGUGGUUGAAAAAUAUGACUACGUGUUUCCAGAAAAUGGUCUUGUAGCAUACAAGGAUGGGAAAUUCCUGAGCAAGCAGAGCAUUCAGGGUCACCUGGGUGAGGACAUUCUUCAGGAUCUAAUCAACUACUGCCUGAGUUACAUUGCAAAGAUUAAGCUGCCAAAGAAGAGAGGCACUUUCAUUGAGUUCCGGAACGGGAUGUUAAAUGUGUCCCCCAUUGGAAGGAGCUGCAGCCAGGAAGAACGACUUGAGUUCUAUGAACUCGAUAAAAAGGAGCAUAUAAGAGAGAAAUUUGUGGCUGAUUUACGAAGAGAAUUUGCAGGCAAAGGCCUCACAUUUUCUAUAGGAGGGCAGAUAAGCAUCGAUGUGUUCCCCGAUGGAUGGGACAAGAGGUACUGCUUAGGAAUUGUUGCCAAUGAUGGAUACAAGACGAUUUAUUUCUUCGGAGACAAGACUAUGCCAGGAGGGAAUGACUAUGAAAUUUUCACAGACUCCAGAACAGAAGGCCACAGUGUCACAUCCCCCCAGGAUACCAGAAGAAUCUGUGAAGAGCUGUUUUUUAAAUAGAAGACUUUUAGAAUUCACACUUACAGGACGGUUAAAACAGCUUAAUAACUUGAAACAUCAUCUUCAUUCUGUAUUGAUUUAUGGUCAUGAAAUUUGCCUGCAAGGCUUUAUCCCUAGUUGUUGUUUUUUUUCAUUUUGAGGCUGCUUUUUAAAAGAUGAGCAUUUUAUAAGAGUUAUUUUUUUUUAAUACUGCCUUAUGCUAUAAAAUCAUGAAUUAUAAGACAUUUAGGACUUUCUUGACUAAAACUGGAAGAUGAGUAGAAGAGACAGGAUUUAUUUCAUCGUGGAGGUGGGAAGACUGAACUGAGCCAUAAGUUUCUGACCCCAUCUGUGUUCCAGUGUGUGGUCAGAAGGUGCUUCAAGUCUCCCACCCCUGGGAAGGCUGGACCAGCUGGGGCCACAGUUACCUCCUGAGAAUGGUUGUGGUGUCAAGGUACGGUCAGAUCAUGGUACCUAAAAUCCAUAGACUAUUUAAAAAAAAUUUAAAAAGUUAUAAAUAUAAUCAAAGUAACUUUUAUCACAGUAACAAAAUAUACUUCUGUCACUUUCUGAUAGUUUUCUGAUUUUCUUUGUAAGAAAGAAAUUGAGGGUAAAUGAGAUUUUAGCACUAAGAAUAUUACCUGAAUUACGUUUCUCUUAAAAUUCAAGUCAACAUCUGACAAUCCAUGUAACUGUUAAUAUUACUUUUCUCAUCUGGCAUUAUAAAAGUAAUCUUGUAUAUGGACAAUUUAGUAAAGGAGAAUCAAAUCUCGUAAU